AUGCUGGUGGUGGUGGUGCUGCUGCUGCUGGUGCCGAUGCUGCUGCUGGCGCGGCGCGGCUGUGCGCUUCUCUCUCGGGUGGUGGUGGUGGUGCUGCUGCUGCUGCUGCUGGUAGUGCAGAUGCUGCUGCUGGUGCGGUGCGGCUCUCCGACUCGACUCGGUGGGCGAGCUUCAGGCACGCUCAUCUCGAUCGUCAAGACGUUGCUACGCGCGGCCUUCCGCGGGGGGAGCUGCGUCGACGGGUGUGGUGUGGGCGCGAGAAUAGCUCCGCCGUUCAUGGAGGCAACCGAUGCGAGUCGACUGGCCGAGUACUACAAGAAGCUUGCUGCGGAGACGCGCGAGGCGCAGCGCAAGAAGGAUGCCGAGAUGAGCCGCGGCAGCUCGAGCAGCGUCGGCGACGCGGCGCAGUCGCCCAGCAAGCCGCUAAAGUCUCCGAAGCAGUGGCCGCCUCCGCCCCGGCCUUCGCUCGAUGAGGAGCCGCAGCCGCCGGCGGAUCCGCCAGCGGCCGCGCAGCCGGAUCCGACUCCGACGCCCGACCAGCCGCCGACGACACCGCCGCUUUCGCGCGGCGGGCACAGCCUAGACGAGGGCGCGUGGGACGCGACGCCGGCGUCGACGGCGCUCGGCGAGUCUGGCUCGGCCGCGCUGCGGCGGGCGGCGUCGGGCCGCGCAAAGGCGCGCCAGCCUCCUCCCGCGCGGCACGACGACGACCUGGACAGCCUCGACGGCGGAGGCGAGUUUCCUGCCAAGCCGCCGCCGCCAGCCAAGCCUGCGGCCGUCCUCUCGCCGCGCGAAGAGCGGCGCAUGAAGCGGCUGCAGUCGCUCGAGCGAGACCAGAGCGGCAGCGAGGCGAAGGCGAUGAUCGCCGCGGCGCCUCCGCCCCCGCCGGCGGCGGAGGCGGAGGAGGACAGCCACCUCUUCCAGCACGAGCUGCUCGAAAAGUACCGCACGCAGGCGAGAGCGGCGGAGAGGCAGCUCGCCGAGGAGGGGCAGCGGCAGCUCGCCGCGGCGAUUCGUCGCACCGCCGCAGACGAGCUCGACGAGCUGCGCGGCAGCAACGAGGAGCUGCAGCGCAGUCUGCGCACGAGCGAGGACCGGGCGAGCCAGAGCGCGGAGCAGGCGAGCCAGAGCGCCGAGCUCGCCACGCAGCUCAAGGAGGCGGACGACCUGCAGCGCAAGUUCAACCAGCGAGCCGCGGCUCUCGAGGCGGCGGACGCCGAGCGCGCCGACGAGAUCUCCGCGCUCAAGGCAUCGCUCGCGCGCUCGCAGGCGGCGGCCGAGGCGGCGCAGAUGCUUGCAGAGAGGGAGGGCGAGGCGCGGCAGGCGGCCGAGGCAGCGGCGGCCGAGAUGCGGUUCCAAAAGCUGCUCUCCAUCAAUUCAUCGAUGAGUCGAUUCAUCGACAAUUGUUUGAAUGCCAGGUUCCAGAUCGCAGAGGAGGCUGCGGCGCGCGCCGCGGCGGAGGAGGCGGCGGCGGUCGCGCAGGAGGAGCUGCUCGACGAGGAGCUGCUCGACGUGCAGGGCGAGCUCGCGGAGCGCGAGGCCGCACUCGCGGCGGCGGAGGAGGCGCUAGCUGUGCUCGCACCCGACGUUGUCAAGAUGGCCAACCACAGCGGAGGCGGCGAGGCGGCGCGCGCGGAGAGUAGCAGUGGCGAGGCGCUCGCGGAGAUCGCUCUCACUCCGCGCGUCUCGAAGCCGCCGCGCAAGCGGGCGGUGCCGGCCGCCGUCAAGAAGAGUACCGCCGAGAGCAGCGCGCGGGCGGUGUUCUCCCCGCCGGGUGUGGUGUCCAGCUCGCCGUCAGCGUCGCCGUCGGCAUCGCCCGCGGCAUCGCCCACGUCCGAGGGGUCGUCCUCGGACAAGCCGAUCGUGGAGCGCGUUGCGGAGCUCGUCAUCGAGAGCGCGACGGGCGAGUCGGUGCUCACCAACCCGACCGAGCUCGCCGCGGCGACGACGACGACGGUGCAGUCCUUCUUCGACUACGUGGAGGAGUGGCGCGGCGCUCUGGUCGACAUGCAGGCAUCGCUCGACUUUACCAAUGCGGAGGACGAUGCGGCGGCCCAGAAGCCGACGCUUGCCGCCGCCACAAUCGUCGCUAGCGGCGGGGCGCAGCGUAGCGUCGGCGAGGCAGACGACGUCUGA